AUGCCUGUGAUUGUUCUGGAGGCGCGGGACUUCACCAGUCCGCUCUUUCUGACGCGAACAUGGGAAGUCAUCUCCGGCUGCGUGGCCUUCAGCCUGGUCGCCUCGGCGUCCAUCAAAAACAACGACGUGUUCUGGACCUUCUGCAUGUUCACCUGGUGCUUCUUCUUCACGCUGACGUUUCUCAUCCACACCCUCAGCAUCAUUCAGUUCCACAGCCUCAUCCCGAUCUCCUGGAAGAACCUGACGGUGACGGUGGCCGUGUUGGGGGCUCUGAUGAGCCUCAGCGCCUCCGUUUUCUUCCCCUGGAGGGUGAUGCCAGUCGAGAAGGAGUUUGGCUGCAAUGUGGCAGCAACGGUGGCCUCUUGCCUCACUGCGGUGGCCUACACCUUAGAGUCUUUCAUCCUCAGCUUACAGGCUCAGGAGCUGAAGGGCUACAUGGGCAGCCUGCCUGGGAUGCUCAAGAUCGUCCAGCUGUGGGGGGGCUGCCAAAACAUAACUCUGGUGGUGAAGACCAUCGAAUAUUAUGAUCCAGCCAAGGAACACGCUUGGCAGACUUAUGUUCUGGGUGUGUCCUACGUAUCCUGCGUCCUCAUGUCCCUCGUCACGUUGGUGGUGAUUUUAGGCGACCUGACCGGCCGAUGCCUCCUUCCCUUUGACAGAUUCUUGACUGGCUUCACGCUGAGCGGCGUGCUGCUCUACAUGUUGGCCACGGUGAUCUGUUUCACCAAGAUACUGGAGCUGAGAAGCCGAAAGGGCAGCAUGGAGUUGAUCAUCCCGGAAACGGUGCUGUGCGGCUUCUCGCUGCUGGCCUACACGGUGGACCUGGCCUUUUCCAUCAAACAGUUUUUUGACCGGAGCAGCAUGUGA